AAUUUUCACCUUCUUCACUUCAGUGCUCUGAUGGCAGAGAAAAAUAUAAUAAUGACCCAAAAUUCAGAAGACGAGAAGAUCGAGAUUAUGAAGGAAAUAGAAGAGUUUACCGUUUGGAAAAAUCUCGGCGCCGUCGAUACCAUCUAUGAAGAAGAUUACCAGUUUUCCUCCUCCUCUUCUCUCACUCCGCCUCUCUCUCCGCCGCCGCCUCCUCCUCUGAACCUGCAUUCUAGGGUUGAGGAAUGGUCUAAGGUGACUGGGGUAAAGACAGAUGUUUGUAUUCGAGUUAGUGGAAAGUGUUUUCAUCUUCACAAGGAUCCUCUUGCAUCCAAAAGCCGGUAUUUAAAGCGACAAUUGGGCGCUGCGUCGGACGUAACGGUGAACCCACCGCUGAAAAUAACGGCGGAAACGUUUAGUGUGGUAGCGGAUUUUUGCUACGGAGGUGAGAUGGUUAUAACGCCGUUGAACGUGGCGGCACUAAGAACGGCGGGGGAGUUGCUGGAGAUGUCGGAUGAUGAGACGAACUUGGUGCAUGUGACCGAAAAAUACUUCCGGCGAGUUGUGGCGGUGAACCGGGACUACGCGUCUGUGGUGUUCCGGUCGUGCCUGGAGUUGCUCCCGGAGGCGGAAACGACGGCGUUUCUGGGCAGUAGGUGUCUUGAAGCGUGGAGUUUGGAGGGUGAGGGGGGCGGCGGCGGCGGCGACGGCGAUAUCACUUGCUUUCAGGACUUCAAAUCCGUGGAGGUGGAGAAUUUUCUGGUUCUGGCUUCGUCGCUCAACCGCAGGUUUAAAUGCCACGACCUAGUCUACAAGAUCGCUCUUCUGUAUCUCAAGGGAUAUAGCGGAAAGAUGACAGAAGAGCAAAAGGUACUAAUAUGCAAUUUCAUAGACUGCGACAAGCUAUCCCCAAAGCUACUCCUACACGCAGUGCAAAACCCACUAAUGCCACUCCGAUUCAUUGUCCGAGCCAUGCUAAUCGAGCAGCUCAACACCCGCCACUCCAUCUUCUCCACUACCGCCACCUCCAAGCCCCCACUCGCCCUGGUGCGUCCGUGUCCACUUAUAACAAAAACAGUUCCCAAAAAAGACCCCCUCACGCUGGGCGCAAUCCUGAAGCGCGACGCCGCGGCUCGCGAGUCCGCCAAGUUGAAGGCCGCAAUGCGCGCCACCAACUCCCGCAUACGCACCCUCGAGAACGAACUCACCACCAUGAAGCUCAAACUCCACCACUCCGAGAAUCAGAAUAGUUUGUGGACGGAGGAGGGCGGCGGCCGCUCCGCUAGCUUUCACUUCGGCGGGGAGAAUAAUUAUAAGGCGGCGGUGGCCCGUGGGGAGAGGGGGUCCACGUCAUCCACUGUUUUCCGGUUGAGCACGGAUUUUAAGAUGGAUAAGUUAUUUGUGGGCGGUGGGUGCAAGCCGGUUUCGGAUAGCAGGUCGUCGAGUGGAGGCCGGAGUUUUGGGCGGAGAUUGAUUGAAGGGAUUAGAAAUGCGUUUCGGCCGGUGUCGAGAGGAGAAACCGGCCAGAGCCGGAAGGAUGAGGAUGAGGAGGAAGGGGAAGAAGAAGAAGAAGAUGAAGACGUAGACGAAGACGAAGACGAUGACAUUGUUGUAAUGAGAAGAAAUCAACUUUAUGUUAGUUAGGAUUACCAUUUAGCAUUUAGCAAAGAGCAAGCUGUUAUUGUGUUCUCCAAUUUAUUCUUUCUUUUUUGCAGUUUGUUUUGUAAAUGUUGGGGUCGAAUCAGUAGAGUAUCACGGGUUCUGUGAGUUUAUAGUUGGUUUUUUUUUUAAUUAAUAAAAUACUUCAUAAAAUAUUUUGACUAUA